AUGCGCAUCCCUGGGAAGCGGCGUCGCCAGGGGCUGAAGUUUGUCCUGUUUCCAGGACGCUGCUGUUUCCGCGUUGCUUCGAUUAAAACGGCGGAGGCGGGAAGCAGCGGGGUUUGAAUUUGGCGGCCGGUAGGAUGCAGCGGGCCACGGAGCUUGGACAGAAAGAACGCGGCAAGAUCUGGCACCGCAAGCCCGGUUCCUCGGCUGGCGACGGUAUCAUAGUAAAUGUUGUUCAUAACGUGGUGGGUUAUCCCACGAAGAUCAUUCGAUUUCUUCAUGUUGCAUUUGAUACUGCAGGCGAAGCUUUUAUUGCUGGUGACCACCAGGGCAAUAUCUACGUCUUUGACCUGAGUAGGAAUAGCUUUAAACUGGUGCAACGAACUGGACAGGCAUGUACAGCAUUGGCUUUCAACCUCCGAAGGAAGACAGAAUACUUGGUCGCUCUGGCAGAUUAUUCUGUGAAAUGUUUCGACACAGAAACUAAAGAGCUGGUGAGCUGGAUGAAGGGACACGAAUCAACCGUUUCAUCCAUUUCAGUUGAUGUAUCUGGAAGACAUGCUAUCACUACUUCAGUGGAUACAGCUCAACUCUGGGACCUGGACACAUUCCAGCGAAAGAGGAAACUAAAUGUAAACUUGUCCGUUGGCAUUCAAAGGGUUUAUUUCCUUCCACUGAGUAACAUAAUCCUUAGUUGCUUUAAAGAUGAUUCUAUCUUUGCCUGGGAAAGUGAUACACUCCAUUGCAAGUACCAAUUACCAGUGCCAGAUGAAUCCCCGAUACAUUAUAAAUCUUUUGCUGUUACCAGGGAUGGUCGAGCUUUAAUAGCAGGAGGGAAAUCAAAUUUUCUUCACCUCUGGUGCCUAAAUGCCAGGCAGCUGCAGCGGAUAAUCCAGAUGCCACCAAAGGUGCGAACAAUUCGCCAUCUUGAAUUUCUCCCUGACAGUUUUGAUGGCGGAUCGAGCCAGGUUGUUGGAGCCCUGAGCCAAGAUGGCAUCAUGAGAUUUAUCAACAUCCAGACUUGCAAGCUCCUUUUUGACAUUGGAAGCCUUGAUAAUGGAAUCAGCACGGCAGCAGUCAGUCCAAAUGGACAUUACAUUGCAGCUAUCCUGGAGGAUGGCAGUUUUACUAUUUACAAUGCCAGAGCUUUGUCACGGGAAUUAAAUAAGCCGCCUCCGCCACUGGUUAAAAUUGUUGCAGACAGGGAGAAGACUGAGGAUUUUAAAAAUGUGAGCGUUCCAUCUGGCCUGAAAAUGCGAGUGACAUCUGGAAAAGUCGAAAGAUCUUGGAGGGGAAAGACAGCUGGGAAAGAAACCAAGGCUAGGAUCCUCAAACCACCGGGCACAGUCUUGGAGGACAAAGAGAACGAACUUCCAGCCGGUCUUAAUAAAAAGCGGCUCCGGGCUCAGUUGAAGGUAUUUGGAGAAUAUCCAGAAAAGUACAGGAUGUUUAUUUGGCGUUCUCUACUACAGCUGCCUGAGAACCAUGCAUCUUUCAGUAGCCUCACUGACAAGGGGACACAUCCUGCCUAUCUAGGCAUACACGAAAAAUAUCCCAUCAAAAGUCGAAAGCUUCUAAGAAUUCUUCAAAGGGUGCUGUCAGCCAUGGCUCAUUGGUCAACCAUCUUUAGUGAGGUGUCGUACCUUCCACUACUAGCGUUCCCAUUUGUGAAACUCUUUCAGAACAACCAGUUGAUUGGGUUUGAAGUUGUUGCUACAGUAAUAAUAAACUGGUGCCAGCAUUGGUUUGAAUAUUUUCCAAACCCUCCAAUAAAUCUUCUGGGCAUGAUUGAGAACAUUCUGGCUCACCAUGACAAGGAACUGCUCCAGCAUUUGGUGAACUACAACAUUACUUCACAGUCGUAUGCCUGGCCACUUCUUGAGACAUUGUUUUCGGAGGUGCUAACAAGAAGCGAAUGGCUGAUGUUAUUUGAUAAUAUUUUUUCCAAUCACCCGUCCUUCCUGUUGAUGGCAGUAGCAGCCUAUUUAAUUUGUUCUCGAUCUCCACUGCUCCAUUGCAAUAUAAAGGAAGACCUUGAGAAUUUCUUCCAUCACCGCAAUAACUUGGACCUUGAGGCAGUGAUCAAGGAAGCGUACCAUCUUAUGGAUUCCACACCUGAGGAUGCCCAUCCCAAGCGAAUGCUGGAUGAUUUUUUACCAUUAACUAAGGGCCAGUAUCCAAUAUUUAACAAAUAUCCAACAUUUAUCGUUAACUAUCAGACUCAAGAAAGAGAAAGGAUCUGGCAAGAAGAGUUGAACUAUUUAAAAGAAAGGCAAUUGGCACAUGAACUUGAGGCGCAGAGUGUCAGGAGGCAGGCUGAGAACGCUGCCUGGUAUCGGCAGCAGGAGUUACUGCAGGAAGCUGAGGAGCAGAGGAGAAAGAUCCUUCUUGAAGAGGAACAGAAGCUUGUGGAUCAGAGAAUGAGACUCGCUGCUGUGAACCGUGAAAUGAAGAUAAAAGAACUUCAAGUGUUGGAUACAGCUCAAAAGCGCUUCCUGAAAUAUCAACAAGAACAACAAAAAACUGAAUUGAGACGGCUUGAUGAUGAGAUUGACAGAAAGAUUUCUCUCCGGGACAAGGAAACUGCCGCAUUAAUUCAGGACAUCAAAGUGAGAAAUAUGGAACUGGAAAUGAAAAAACGAAUAUUUGAGCAACAACUUGCCAAGAAGCAAGAAGCUGUGACACAGAAGGUGAAAGGACAGCUGGGCAUUAACUGGAUCAAAGCUGAUAUUGAAGAUCAAGAGUUCAAGAACCAGUUGGAAUUGGACCAAUGUCCUGAUGUUGAGGAAUAUAAGAACAUUGUAGAAGAGCUGGCUGGAACUGAUCAGCUCUCCAACAACAAGGAUUGGCAGGCACAGAUGCUGAGCAAGCAAAGGGACUUUAGUUUGAAACAGCAGAAAUCCCAAGCAGAAUUGGAAUGCCUUGCCAGGAAGAAUAAGGAAAAAGAAGCCAUGCUGUUUGAUAUGAUGAAGGGAUUUGAAGACCAGCAGUGGACCAAGGUUGCUGCAAAACCUGCUGAGCCAGAAGCAUGGCAGCAAGGUGAAGGUGAUGCUGCUUCUUGGAGGCGGCAGCUGUUGCCAGAUGGAGCGAAUGAAGACACGGAAUCCGAUGAUCACGCGUGCAGAAAUCCCCACGAUCCAUCUGUGAGGCCUUAUGACUCAAGAACCAUAUGUCCAAUGAAGCAAGGAAGGGAUCUUUUACUGGGCAGUGGGGACCAAAAUCCUACCAGUCUUUGUUUGAAUGACAUGACAUUUGACUCAUCCGUUCAAUUGUCUUUAGACAGAGGAAGAAUGGAUCGAGAAAGAAAGGAGCGUGAACUAAUGACUGGCGUACGAGAGCUAAGGCAAAAGCUGGCAACGCGGGCUCGUCUGAGAUAUUCAACCAACUCUCUCACAGACAGUGCAACAUAGAGCAGUUCCAUUGCUUAUUAAUAAAAGAUCCGAAAUCGUGGAAGAUGGAGCAGGUCAGGCGGAAUGUGUUCGAGAGAAACAAAGAUAAACAUUUCAUGUUGAAAACCCUCUGUCAGAUUUACAGCAUCUGCAGUUUUUGUUUUAAUUUUCAUGUUAUUUAUUAAUUUGAGGUACAAUAUAAUCUAUUUAUUGACAUUUUCAUUCCUGUAUAGACUCUUCUUUCAUCGUCAUCUAAUUAAUACAAAAUUAAGGUUUGAUUUUGUAGUUACUGAAUUGUUGAAAUGUGCACAUAAUGUAAUUCGCAGACAAAAUCGGGGAAUUUUUAAUACUUGUUUAUUCUGAAAAUAGUUGUACUUUUAUGCUUAUAAAUAAAGUCUUAAUUCUUUUA